AUGGCCGCACAGAACUUCAAUAUGCCGGCGCUUUCUCCAACCAUGACCGAGGGCAACAUUGCGACCUGGAAGGUGAAGGAAGGCGAUUCUUUCGUUGCCGGAGAUGUUCUGCUUGAGAUUGAGACGGACAAAGCACAGAUGGAUGUAGAAGCACAAGAUGACGGAGUACUGGCCAAGAUCAUUCAAGGAGAUGGAUCUAAAGCGGUCCAGGUUGGAAGCAGAAUAGCAGUCACAGCAGACCCCGGCGAUGAUCUCAGUUCCCUCGAAAUUCCUGCCGAAGACACCUCCGCGCCCAAGAAAGAUGCUCCCAAGGAGGCACCGAAGCAGGAAUCGCAGUCUGCGCCCAAGCAGGAGACCACCUCCAAGCCCGCACAGUCAUCCUCUUCGACUGGUGCUAGCAAGUCCGGAGGCAAGGCUCAAAAGCAGACCUACCCACUUUACCCCUCCGUCCAACAUUUGCUGAAGGAGAAUGGUCUUCCAAAGGAAGAGGCCGACAAGAUUCCCGCGACUGGACCAAAUGGGCGACUUCUCAAGGGUGACGUGCUAGCCUACCUCGGCCGUAUCGAGGGCAACUAUGCUUCUGAAUCUGCGAAGAGGAUAGGAAAGCUGGCCCACCUCGAUCUCUCGAACAUCAAGGUCGCUGCACCCAAGGAGACUCCAGCUAAGAAACCCGCUGCUGCAUUGGAGGAAACUCUUCCGAUCGAGGAAAUUACCGUAGAACUUGCGCUACCAAUCUCAUUCAAGGCUGUCGUCGAGACCCAGAAGCGUGUCCAGGAGUCCAUUGGUGUCUUCCUGCCCAUCUCUACCUUCAUUGCCCGAGCAGCAGAGCUAGCCAACGAGGACCUACCCAAGUCCAAGACUGCUAAGCCUUCUGCAGAUGAGCUUUUCAAUGCUGUUCUAGGCUUGGACAAGGUGGCUGGAAAGAAGGCUUCGCGGGGUCAUUUUAUACCACAGGUCACUUCUCUGGCGCCCACUACGCUGGGUCCAGCCAGAAUCACUUCGGUCAAGCAACCAGACAUCUUCGACAUUCUCGGAGGAAAGAAGCCUGCCGCCCGCCCGGCCCCCGCUCGCCUGGUCGGUGGAGCGGAGAGGGUCGUAGGACCCGUGAAUGUCUUCAGUAUCAAUGUCCCCAAGGGAGACGAGAAGAGAGGUCAGAUCUUUCUCCAACGCGUGAAGAGUGUAUUGGAGGCAGAGCCUGGACGAUUGGUAGUUUAG